AUGGGAAAACCAGGUUUAAAUUUAUCACAGCUAGGACUUUCACCUAAACCUUCACAAACACCGUUUGCCAACUUUUCAAAAUAUGUUGAUCCUUCAGGGAAGUUAAAUUUUUCAGGCAAAGCAAUUAUUCAUGCCGAUGGUGUGGACUUUAGCAAUGGAAAUAGCUUCACGAUUAAAAUGGAUGAUCUUAUAUUACAAGAAGAAUUGGGCAAAGGGCAAUAUGGUACCGUACAAAAAGUGAAACAUCGUGUUACCAAUGUUACUAUGGCAAUGAAGGAAAUUCGUCUGGAAUUAGACGAGACCAAAUUACAUCAAAUCUUAAUGGAACUGGAUAUUCUGCACAAGAGUUCAGGCGAAUAUAUUGUCGAAUUCUAUGGUGCUUUCUUUAUUGAAUCAUGUGUAUAUUAUUGCAUGGAGUAUAUGGAUGCGGGUUCACUAGAUAAGUUAUACGGCAAAGGUGUGCCUGAAGAUGUCUUGGCCAAGAUUGCCAUAUCAAUGGUAAAAGGCCUAAAGUUUUUGAAGGAUGAGCUUUCAAUUAUUCACAGAGAUGUCAAGCCGACAAACGUACUUGCUAAUCUUAAUGGUCAAGUAAAAUUAUGCGAUUUUGGUGUUUCUGGUCAAUUGGAAAAAUCUUUAGCAAAAACCAAUAUUGGCUGCCAAAGUUAUAUGGCUCCGGAACGUAUCAGAGCUGCAAAUACUUAUUCUGUAUCGUCCGAUGUCUGGUCAUUGGGUAUAUCACUUGUCGAGAUGGCUAUUGGUCGAUAUCCAUACAAAUAUGAUAAUAUGUUUGCACAAUUGAAAGCUAUUAUUGAUGAUGAACCUCCUUCGCUACCUUCCGAUCAGUUUUCCCCAGAAGCCCGUGACUUUGUUGCAGCCUGCCUUCAAAGAGAUCCUAACAAACGACCAACGUAUGCUGAACUAUUGGAGCAUCCUUUUAUUAAGAAAUAUGAAGAAAUUGAAGUAGAUAUGGCGAAAUGGGCUUCUGAAGCGCAUGUAGCGGCAAUGGAAGCAAAGAAGAAAUAA